CUCGGAACGCCAUGAGAUGAAGGCGAGUGGAGCAAUCAUUCGACAUUUGAGAUAACACGGCGCCGCCCUUCCCCGUUACCGGCAUUCGACGUUCAUGAUGCCAGAAGCCUUUGACUCGAGUCCCUUUGUCGAGGAUGACUUCCUCGAGGCGCUGAUGAUAGCUGGCGAUGAACAGGUCAGAGAUCAACACAGCACGGCACGACGAGGCGGCUGGAGAAACGUACGUGUGCAUGUUUCUCUCUCUCCCUGUGCAUCGCACCCAUUCACUCUGUCUGCUGGCUGGCAGAUCAAAGUGCAUGCGCAGAGGAUCCAUGACACCAUCCUGCCAUGUGCAAACAGGAUGGUCCAAGGCGUCCAAGAGGUCAGUCGACCAGCAACACAAAACAAGACAACAGGUGGUUAAUGUGUUGGUUGCGACGAUGCAUGGCAUGCAGAUUCUCUCCUUCAAUGGUGGUGGCAAUGGCGGCUGUCCGCCUCUGCCUCGUGUGGAGCAGGAGCUGCUCCGCUCGCGUGAGGUGAGCGACACGGUGGUCAAGACCAUGGUCACGCUGGACGGCCUCGGCGGGGCGGAGCAGAUCAGACAGGAACGAAGACACCUCAUCAAUCACUAUCUAGAGGUAAGUGAAGCGGGCAGAUGCAUGUUGUCUGUCAUGAUUGACAGAACAUCGAAGCUUCUGUCUGUCUGCUUCCAUCCUUUAUGUCAGCCCAUCGGCAACCGUGCCGACCACGCCAAGAGCCUCCUCACAAGUCUCAAGAACCAGCUGCGAGACGCCGGCAACAAUGGCAGCAGCAACAGGAUGCAAAACAAUGAGGUAGCAGCACCAGCUGCACCAGGUGCCUCACCGGCGGCCGCAGCAGCAGCAGCGAGUGGAGGUGUGCCGUGGCCGCCGAGCACCCCGCCGGCUGAGAGCGGCCUCUCCAAGAUACAUGGGGACAUUGUGGGCAUCUUGGAGAGGCUGGAGGUGGGCAGGGCAGCCGGAAACCGGUGGCUGUUAGUUAGUUGUGUGCGCUUGUACGAACGCGAAUCUGUAUGUCUGCAGAGGUCUCGUCCAUCGGCCGACGGGUCGCCGCUUCAAGCAAUACGUCCCAAGGUGUGUGAGAGAAUGACUGCAUGCGUCGAUGCUCUCUCUGGUGGUUGCGGUCUCAUUGUUUCUCUCCCGCGCGUCUGCAGCCCCCUGCCGAGGCGGUCAAGAGUCUGGAGGGUGUGUUGAGUGAGGUGCAGCGCACCGACCUCGGCCGGCGAGAUGCCGCCACAUUGGCGCUGGCCGCUCACGCAUACGACACACUCAUAAUGGGCGCACAGACGGUAGGUGGGCAGGCGGCGACAUGGAAAUCUUGACCCACCUGCCUAUGCCUUUGUGAGCGGUUUCACUGUGUCAUUUGUGUCAGUGUUUGGUGGCGAUAUCCCAGCAUCCACUGAGGGAGAACUACGAGAAGCUGAAGCUCAUGUGUCUGGGGCAGCAGGUGGUCAAGAACUCUACGCUCGCACUCCUGCUGUAAGGACACAGACAGACAGACAGACAGACAGACAGACAGGGGGAUGGAUUGAGGGAAAGAACUGACUGACGGUCGUGUGUGUUGAUGGUGUGUGUGGGUGUGCAGUGCGAAGAUGGUAGAGUUCUUGCGGAAGCUGCUCAUCUGAUGGCUACGCUGAGUUGCCUUUGCUGUGCUGUGUGAGUCUGGACCGUGACAAGACAGACCAUUUGACGCCAGGGUACAUCCGUGAGUGAGCCCGUGUGCAUCAAUCACUUGUAGGGCAUGCACACAUACGUACACACACAGCACGACACGCUUCGUGACAUGUCAGAUGGAC